AAAUCGUUUAUUCGAUUUUCUUUUUUUAUGAAAAAAUAACAAAGAGAAAAAGCCAUAGUCCAUAAGCAAUCUUCUUUCCGAAGACGACGAGAGGACGCGUCUUAUCCUCGUAAUCAAAAAUCAAGAUCAAAAUGAAAAAAUUAAACUAUCUAUAAAUUUCUCCCUUACUACUUAUUCAUAUAAUAAAUUAUAAUCCAAGAUCAGAAAGCUUAAUCCUGGUUAAUUUCCUCCUUUUCAAACUAUCUAUAAAUACCGAACCAUUUUGCCUUUUAGGUCUCGAUUUUUGCUGUGAUCUCAUCUUUCCAUCAUGUCUAUGCUGGAUUCCUUUUUCAACAAAAGCUUUAAAGCUGCUAAAUGCAAAACUUUACUAAAGUUAACAAUUCCGCGGAUAAAAUUGUUGAGGAAUAGGAGAGAAAUUCAGAUAAAGCAGAUGCGCCGCGACAUUGCCAACCUUCUUCAAACUGGCCAAGAGGCUACUGCUCGAAUUCGGGUGGAGCAUAUAAUACGGGAAGAGAAUAUGAUGGCUGCGCAGGAGAUCCUUGAGCUGUUUUGUGAGCUUAUUGCCGUCCGUCUUCCAAUCAUCGAGACUCAAAGGGAAUGUCCUCUAGAUUUGAAAGAAGCAAUAUCUAGUGUUUGUUUUGCUGCACCAAGAUGUGCCGAUCUACCAGAGUUGCUGCAGGUUCAAAUGCUAUUCAUUUCCAAGUAUGGAAAGGAAUUUGUAUCAGCUGCAACUGAGCUGAGGCCAGAUUGUGGUGUUAAUCGUCAGUUGAUAGAAUUGUUAUCUGUACGUGCUCCUUCGCCCGAAACAAAGUUGAAGCUUCUGAAAGAAAUUGCUGAAGAGCAUGAGUUGGAUUGGGAUCCAGCUUCCACUGAGACUGAGUUUUUCAAACCACACGAAGAUUUAUUGAAUGGUCCAACACAGUUUGUCAGUGGGUCUAUGCUGCCCCUUCCUGCAGAGAAACAUGAUGAAACAUUGAAUUCUGCUCCUGUUCAUGCCCAAAAUGAGCAGCCUGAUUCUGAAACAGACAUUGAGCCAUUAGAUUUUCCUGAAGUUCCUAAGGUUCCAUUGCGGCCAAGCACAAAUGCCUCAUCAGCACAAGCAAUUGACCCACCUUCACCAGCUACUCCAGACCCUGAAAUUGAUCGUGGAUCAUCUAGAUAUUCUGGAGCUUCUGGAUACGUGUUACAAAUGUCAUCUUUGAUGCCCGAUAUGCUAAUGCAAGAAAACUCAGUUGCUAAAGAAAAUGAAAUGCCCAAUGAUCCAGCUGGAGCCAAAGAAAAAAAACAGUUUCUGCCAUUCAUUUCUCCUCCAUCAGUAUCUUCUGCAUCAAUUUCUGCAGGACCAAGCGAUCCACCACCUGCUAUUUCGAGGACAAAAAGUGAGGCCAAUGUAGAUCUACAGGAUGUUUUAGCUGCUGCUCAGGUAGCUGCUGAAUCUGCUGAGCGUGCAGCAGCUGCAGCUCGCUCAGCAGCAAGUCUUGCACAGGUCAGAAUUGCUGAACUUACCCAGAAAAAGACUGACCAGGUCGUUGAGAGUUGCAGCUCUGAGAACCUUUUUCAUACAGAUAUUCCUCAUCAACCAGCUAGUACAGAAAAGCCAAAUUUUGAUAAUCAAAGCUCUUUUAGUGAUCCUGAUGAUGUUUUAUGCUCUCUGGACUCCCAUCUGGUACAUCAGGAACAGGAGCACCAAGGAUCAGAGAUAGCAGAUCUUCCUUCAGUCGACAAACUAAAAGUAGGUUUUGAUUCACCAGUUUCCAGUGAACAUGUUCUUGAACAAGACCAUCUUCAACAUCAACCGCAGAGAUUACCUUCAAUGGAUGAUGAAUUCUUCUCAUAUCCAAACCUUUUUUCCAGGCAGAAUUCAAACCUUGGAUCUGGUGGUUCUUCUAAAGAUAAUUACCAUCCUCAUUAGUCAUUAUUAAGGCUACCAUGCCUGUUCAGCUUAUUUUGGGUCUUUCCUUGAGUGGAUUUGAAUUAAUAUAACAGUUUUACUAUGUUGUGUUAAAUCGUUUUCUUUGUGAAGUAUUGAGGUUGUUAGAUAUCCUAAAGUUUAAGUUUGUGUAUCAAGGCUGUCCUGGUACAGCAAAAAGAAGUUUUAGCUGCCCUUUUAAAGUUGAGAAGCUUUCUGAGAAAUCUUUCACUGUACUGUGGUUCAAAACAACCGAUGCUUUGGAAAUAAAAGUUUCUUUCUCUCA